AUGGAUAACGGACAAGCAACAAAAAUGCCGAAACCAUUCGAUAGUGAUAUUGAUUUAAAUGCAUCGGCUUCAGGCGGUAAUCAACAGCAAUUCGUCUUACGCGAAGAUGAUCGUCUUAAACAAGAAGAAGAUUAUCGCCAAGAAUUAAUGAAGGUUCAAGAUGAAAUUAUCACAUUACGUCAAGUACUAGGUGCUAAAUUAAAACGUGAACAUGAAUUAAAAACUUUAUUAGGUGUUGGCCUCGUUGAUGAUAUAAAACAAGAUUGGAAUGAAACAGUUAGCGAUAUUAAAUCAAGUGUAGCUUAUCAAAAGACGGCUGAAACAUUCAAUGCUGCUUCCGAAAAACUUGCGCCAACAUUACAAACAGUUAAUUCAACAUUUAAAUCUGGCAUUGGUUCUCUUAGAAAUUCGUCUUAUUUCAAAACAUUCGAAAGUACACUUGGUUCAACUGUUAGUGCAGUCAAAUCGAAAAUCGCACCAUCAAGAUCAACGAUGAGUUUCGAUGACAAUGAACCUAUUCAUGGUGCUAGCGCAGGAUCGAUGAGUACAAGUGCAACACAUGGUGAUCAUUUUGAUUUUGGCGGCAACGGUUCAGACGGAAAGAAAUAA